AUGGGGCAGCUCUGGCUCCCUGCUCCCCGGCACGGGCCAGGCCAGGGUGGCUGCCGCUCCUACAGCUCUCUCCGCCCGCCCUUCCGCCCAGAUUUGGCCAGCGUUCUCUUUUCUGAUGCUCUGCUCCCCCAGCCCGCUACGCUGCCUGCCCGCCCCCUGCCUCCUGUAGGGAUGGGCUCCAAAUCGAGCCCCUGCAGCUCCUUGCAAGGAUUCGGCUUCAGCAGUGAGAAAAGCAGCUCCACUUCCACAGGUGAAGUCCUGCUCAGCACCAUCCAGCGAGCGGCCGAAGCAGUGGCCAACGCUGUGCUUCCCUCCCAGGAGGGGCCCCGGCUUCGCUGCAGGGAGCUCCACGAAGAUGCCUACCAGCCCGUGUCGGCACCCCCUCCCAGGAGGAGGGCGGCAGAGUCUGCAAAACCACCAGCAGCCGCAGCAGCACACAGCAUCCGAGUGAGUCACCAGCCAGGGCUGGCCGCCGGCGGCUGGGAAGAGACGGACAGCGGGCACAGCUCCCAGGACUCCUCGCAGGAGAACGGUGAGCUGAGCCGCACCUCGGACUCCUACAGCAAGUCGGGCAGCGACAGCCACUCUGGGGCCAGUCGGGAGCUGGUGAAUGUGGCUGAGAGGGUGGACGCUGACAGCCUGGGCGACUGCCUGCGGGAGGUGAGCCUGGUGACGGCGCUGACUCGGGGCGCCAGGGUCUUCCUGACCAGGGACGAGGUGCAGCACUUUGUCAAAGAGUGUGGACUGCUGAACUGCGAGGUGGUAGGGGCUGGGCUGGCCCCAGGGCGCUGCGGGGAUCCAGCUCUUGCCUCCCUGCAGAGGUCUAUGUGUGCCAUCUCGUCCCUCAUGUGCUCCGACCUGCUGUCUCUGGAUCAGAUCUUUGCAAUGACUCAACAGCACCUGCAGCAGCUCAGCCAAGGCAGCCCUGGCCCUGUGGCCAACCGAGCGACGAAGAUCCUGCGGCAGUUCGAGGCUCUAUGCAGAAGCCACCCCUCACCAAAGAGCUCACAGCUGGACACAGACCCCCCCUCCGCCCUCGCUGCGGGCUCAGUCCGGUGCACCCAGGACUUGCUGGCAGACAUCCUGCCGCUGACAGGCGAGAGCAUCCUUCAGCCUGUGAGCCCCGUGGCCACGCCGGCCCGCGUGGGAGAGCAGAGGGUGGAAGCAGAGACCUGCGGUCAGUCCGGUGUUGCAGUGCCAGCCUGUCCCUGCGAGCAGGAGGCGUCGAGCAGACUGGCAGGGAUCCCGGGGGAUACGGCGGGUGCUGCUGUGCCCUCCCGGAGCCUGUCCCUCUUUGCUGGCAUGGAGCUGGUGGCCCGUCCUGGCAUGGUGCUCUCCCAGGACUCUCCCCCUGCAGAGCCGCGGACACUGUCCCGUCCUGGGGACGCUGGUGCUUCGAGUCAGACAGAUGCGGAGUGCAACAGGGAACCGUCUGCCUUCUCCUUUCUCAACAUGUAGCUGCUAUCACACUCCUGUGGGGGCUGUUGGACACAGGCUGCUUGGGGCUCUUGCCCUCCCCAGGGUGGGGUCUAGCUUGCUUCAGGUCCCCCCCCGCCCGCCCUGGGUCUCCGUUAAGGGCAUGGCCCCACCGGAGCCCCCAAGCAUUCCUCCACGCUGCCCUUGGGGGCGGCCAGCUGCUGACCUACAGGCCCCAGCAGGGCAGCGGUCCCCGCUUGCCCCCAGCUUUCCCCACUGCACUGCACCCCCAGGAAAAAACACGUGAGCACCUCUGCAAUAACAGCCCCACCGGGGCCAGGGAAAGGGAGCUGGGACAGCGACUUCCAGGCUGCCAAGAGCUUUAAUAGGAUUAUCAUGUCCCCGUCGCUGUCUCCCCUUCCUGUCCCCGUGGGCGAGUGACCUGUCCCGGCCUGGAGCCCCACACGCUAACGGGGCCCAGGCCCAGCCGCGGCC